AAUCAAGAUGGCGUUCGAAGAAAGUGUUCGCCACAAGUCCGGUCCUCUCAAACAGCAGAACAAAACACAUAAACACGGGCGGCAUAGGAGUAAAAGUGAGAUCGACAACACAAAUAAAGGUACUGAAUCAUAUUUGCUAUAUGUUUUUGUUAAUUUGUUGGGCUCUAGCUAAAGAUUGAGCCUAGUAAAUACAGUUAUAAAGCUUAUCCUAAUUGAUUAAUUAUUUUUUUAAAGUUAAUUGUUUUUUAAUCGCAAGAUCAGGAUGGGAAAGUUAUUGUGCAAUAUCAAGGGAACCUCCAUUAAAGUGAAUAAAAAUUGUAUUAUAUUAAGUUCAUUGAUUUUGCCCGAAUCACUUUGUGUGCAAAGUGGUGUCUAACUAAUCUUUCGUUUAGUUAAGGAUGGAUGCAUUUUUGGACUGCUUUCAUAUCAACUUAUAUUUGUGUGUGUGUGUGUGUGAAAUAGUAGGAAAUUGCCGCAUAAAUGGGGUUGUACGGAAAUUGUUCGCCAGAGCAGUUGCCUAAGAGGGAUUGGGUCACUAAAUCCCAAUUCUCGCUUCCGAAAAACUCAGUGAGUUUCAGACCUUGCUACCUCACUCUGCAUUGCUUCCACUGUGGUCCGAGUACCUCUUCACACUGCAGCAAAGACUGCAAGAACCCUAUUCAGUGUGUGACGAUCCACCUUCAAGCUCAGCACCGUGUAGCUUUGCUUCAUUACAGAAAUCAUUCCUAAAUCACUGUUCUUAUUUAAGAUAGAAGCCUAUAAUGGUAUGGUUUUUGUGUUGGCAUGUUAAUAACUAUCCAGUAUCAUGUAAAUCAAAAGUGUACAUGGAGAUAUUUGUGGCCUGUUCAUUUCAUUUACAGGUCGUGUAGGUGUAAAAGUUGUUUCAAAGAAAACCAGGCAAGCCGUAGGAAAAGCUAAUCGCAGACACCAGGUUUGGAAGAUUCUUUGUGCGUCGUUCCUGCUAAUAAGUAACUUACUGGUACAUCGUUCAAAUUACAGUGUAGAUAAUAUUAUAGUAAUCCUAACACUGAGGCCUGGGAUGAAUAUAUUUUUGUUGAUGUCUUGAUUUUCUUUACUGAGAGUUUUUUGAGCAUCUUUAAGGUCUCGGUAAAUGAAAAUUUUAGUACAUUGCUCGAUUUUGUUUUUUUUUUGAUCUUUGGCAUGAGUGGGUCCUAAAUUUUAAUUUGGCUGAAAAAGAAAAUCAGAAAGUACUUUUUAACCCUUCUAAAAUGAGCCUUUUCUGAGCUAACCAGCCAAGCGUGGACUUCGCGCUAAAUCUUUAGAGCUGAUUUUCUCUCACUCUAUUUUAGACGCAAAAAUCAAAAUUCUCCGACCUCCAGUCGGGACAGGUUUUAAGCUAUCGCUUCGAAACUUUCAGAUAUGAUGGAUAAUGAUAUAGACUCAAAAAGGGUGUGAGGAAUUUUCCGAUUUCCCUUUGUAACUCAUUUUAUGUCAGUUUCUUUGCGUAAAUCGCACUCGAGAUUCGACUUUUUAGUUUGAAAUGCAAUAAUUCCGCUAACACGAGACAUCUGCAAAUUUCCUCACACCCUUUUUUAGGUCUUUUAUCUGUCAAUCAGAUGCAAUAAAAAGGAAGUGAAUAUUUAACAACGCGAAAGGGCUGGAGCUUCAGCAGUAAACUCGAUACCUCUGAGUUCCAGAACAAAAAACUUAAGCACCUUUUGAAAUUCGAUGAAAUAAAAUCUUUUAUAAGGUAAUUUAGUCUUUUAGCUUUAAUUUGAUAUGUAACUUGCCUUUGUAGCGAAAAUACUCGCGCGACUAGAAUUUUUUUUCUGUGGGCACCUCGUUUUCCUUUACCGAGACCUUAAACAACUGCCAGAGAAAUCACACGGACGUGAUAUUCUACCUAAAAAAUCUUCAAAUCGAUCCAUCAUCCUUUGCAUUUGUUACUCAUCUGUGUUUGGAGCAAGUAUGGACAGAUAGUGAAGAAAAAGGGAUAAAAAAGGGGAAAAUUCAGAAAAAUACAGGAGUGGAUGCCCACAUGAAGGCAAACAGUAUUUAAUUUAUUAUCAAAAGUUCAACUGCUCUUAUGAGACUUCAUAUUACUUAUCUAAAGUAACUUCUGGGAUAAUUACAUGUAGGCAAAACAAAUACGACAAAAAAGGAGAGAGGAAGUUUUAGAACAAAAGAGGAAAACAGGAAAGCAUGGAAGCCCUCCACAUCUUAUUGUAAGUAAUAAAAUAAUAUUAUAAUUAUUUUUAAAAGAAAAAUUCAGGUUACUGAAAAAGAGAAUAUUUUGCAGAAACAAAAAAGCCUCUUCUUCCACCUCUUUUGUCAUAAUACAGGGAAAGGUCUACAGAAAAAAAAAAAAAAAAAAGAAAACAAAAUAAAACAAAAGCAAAAAAAAAGUUGUCUAUAUAUACAGUGACAAACCUUUUUAACUUGUGGAUUAUGUGUAAGCCUAACGAACAAGUUAUUGUGGGCACUGUUUUGUUUUGUUUUUUUCUUUAAACAUAUUAUUUUCAUUUUUUGACAGACUUAAAAUAUACCGGUAAAAUAAUUAAUCCUCAAGUUAGCCAUAAUAGACACCCUUUGAUUUAGGAUGAUAUCAGUGUACAUGUCAUGUUAAUUGUGUCUGGCAAAGUCAUUUUUUUAAUAUUAGUUUUGGCAUCAUCCUCUUGCGUUUAAUUAUUGCUACUUGGUUUGUGACUUAACAUGAACUCUAUAUAUUGUUUCUGUUGUUAAUGUAUUACAAUUUUUUUUUUUUCAGGCAAUUAUUCCCAUGUCAUCCAGUGCUAAUGUUGGGCAUGCUGUGCAGUUGUUUAGUGAGUGUGACAAUGAUGGCUCACUUUAUCGUUCAAGUAACACAGUCACAUUAGUGUGAGUGGAUUUAUAUAUUAAAUCUGUAUAUAUCCAGCUUACAGUGUAUUAUAUAUUAAAUCACCAGAUUUGGGAGGGAGUAUUUGGCUGAUAAUCUAGACCCCACUUUGUUAUCAUUAGUCCAUUGUAUGUACAUGUUUAAAAAAUUUAAAAGGUGUAGUUGAGUGUAUUGAUUUUUAAAAAGGAUUUAAGGGUGCCUGUAGGGACAUUUUCACAUAUGAAAGUCCGCUUAAACUAUCUUAAGUCAUAAGAGGUUGGGCUAUCUUUGAAUGAUGAGGUAUAAGGUGCCAGCUAAGGAAGUGCAAUAUUAUUAUUUGAGCAUAGUGAAAUAGCUGUGCCCUAAAUGAUCAAUGAUUCUUUGGGAAAACUUUUUAAAAGUGCAUAAGGUUGUUUACUGACAGUAAAUUGUGAACAUGCAGUACAGUAUACAUUGUAUAUCUUACUAGAUAAAAAUACUGUAGUCAUGCAUGGUGUUCUGUCUCAUUAGUUCACAACAGAUCAAGCAGCGAUUUUCCUUUCUUCAGCUGAAGUAUGGAGAUUUAUACUCAGUUCUGGAUGCAGUGAAGGUAACGAUAUUAUUGGUAAUUAUAUUAUUCAUGUAUGCUUGGCAGAUAUUGAGCUUAACUGUUUGUCAUAAUUAUGGAUGUCAGUGCACCUCAGCUUAAUAAUUCUGAGUCACUGGCUUUAUCAAAGAAGACAGUAGCUGCCGCAUGUAAGGGUAUCCAAAACAGUCUGGGAUUCUGUAUUUGGGAUUCUAGGUACUGGAUUUCAGUCUCUGUCAACAAAGCUUGGAUUCUUGAUUCCAAUCAUAGGGAUUCCUUGAGCUGUAUUCCUGAUUCCAAUUCCAACGAUUCUGACCAUCCCCAAGCAAUUUUGUUUUUCCAGAUUCAGGAUCCCACAGGCAAAAAUUUUCCAUAUUCCGGAGUCCAGAUUCCCUUACAUGGGACCACAGUAGAGACAUACAGAGUUGAUUCAUUAUAUGCAGUGCCCUAAUGUUAUGGAAAACUGAAUAAGGUCAUGAAAAAAGCCAUGGAAAGUCAUGGGAUUUGAAAAAAAAAAAGUAAAUAAAAGAAAGCUGAUCGAGUAGAGCAUGAUCCCUGUAAGUUACAAGAUUGUCUUUAAUUAUAAAUUAUAUUUUUGUUUUGUAAACUGUUUUACAUGUACUGUUUUGCUGAAUUAGGUUGCAGAUUCUCUGCUGUUUCUUCACUCAGCCAUGCACCCUGUAGAUUCUUUUGGUGAAAAGUGUUUAUCAUGUAUUUUUGCUCAAGGAUUGCCAACAACCUUCCAUGGAGUACAGGUAUAUAUCUAUAUAACUGGCUGAGAAUGCCUCACAUGUAACAGCAUGUAACUAUUGUGUGCUUUGAGGUCAAGUUGACUAAUUUGAUUUAAUUAACUUACAGUAAUUUUGAAAAAGUCAAUAAGGUAAUAAUAUUCAAUAAACGAUGGUGAAAAUGAAAUCUCUUGGAACAUAAGAAAUAAAUCAUAUUUGAACAGUGGAUAAGACAUGAAACUGAUUGCAGAGAUCCUUGCAAUGUAAUAAUAUUCAUGACCAACCAAUGUGGUUGAAAAAGAAUCUGGUAAUUUUCAGGCUUAUUAAUCAGGGAACCCUGACCUUUGUGAUGACUGGACUCAAUGCUCUAUCCAUUAUCCUUUGAGUUCUGCAGUUCAAAAAUAAUGGUUGAUGAAUGAUUUACCUAUGCCACAAACACUUGUACCACAGAACCUCUCCUUUGGGACACCUCUAUUCAAGAGACACCUCAAUCCAGGGGACACAAAAUUUGGUCUCCGAAAAAUGUUCACACAAUCUUUGUAUUUGUUAUGUCUAUUGAAGGGACACUGCCUCUUUUCAGGGGAAAGGGACACUUUUUCUGGGUCUUGAAACCUGGAUUUAACUUCCAUUCAGGGGAAACCUUAUAGCAAUCAAACUGUGACUGACCAUAAAAGUCGUUGAUAAGUUUAAGUGUUCACUACUACAAAAGUGACAGCUUUCAAAACGUGAAUUAACUUGACUUAAAUCGAUGUACUGCACUUGUGGGAAGUCAACACAUGACAUUGAAGAAAUAAGUUAAUCAUGAUUUUUAUACACGAUCUGGCUGCUUAAAGUAAUGACUACAGCAGAUUCCGUAGCCUGUGAGAGCAGAUGCCUUAUUCAGUUCUAAUAAAAAUAUUUUAUUUGCUGGUUAGUUAUUAACAACCCCAGCCUAGCCCUCCAUUUUGGGGACACCUCUAUUCAGGGGACACUUGCCUCGGUCCAGAGGGUGUCCCGUGAAUAGAGGUUGCACUGUAAUCCAAAUAUUAUCAAUAUGUGUACACCGUGUAUGGUAUCUUUGGAAAGGCCCAGUAAACCACUAUUCAUCCACACCCCUCCCACCCCUCCCACCCUCCUUUUCCUGGUACAAUUGUAAAUGUUAAUGAUAAAACUGUUUUGUUUUGUUUUCCCUUUUAUGUAGGGACUAGAAAAUGUACCUUCAAAGAAAAGGAAUGAUGUGAAGAAGAACGUACAAAAGAUAGUUGAAAAAAGGUACAUGCGCAAAUGAGCUAUAAAAAUUGUUGUGUUCAUAGCUCCUCAUUCAUGCAGAUGUACAGUUUACAGUGCACUGCACGCCACAUUAACUCGCAAUACCCAGUACCCCCAAGUUUUCCAUGUGCAGUGUAGGUCAUGUUUUAAAUAAUAAUCCUCUUUACUUAACCUGGUAGCCUACAUGUACAGUGCAGGCCAUGGGGAUUGCAGUUAUAAUUAUUUACACACGUGUAACUUGCGUGCAAUAUGGCGGAUUUACAUGCAAAACGCAGGCAAAAAAAAAAAAAAAAAAACAAAACAGGACAAACAAAAACACAAACACGCGUGUAAAAUUCUACUCCAACAAUUACACGAAGCUUACAUUACACGCAAGAUGCAUGCAUUCAGUAUUGUAGGGAAUUUUUCUCUCUACUUUUACACGCAAGCUGCGUAUUUUUUUUUAACUGCAAAUCUAAAAGAAAUCGUCUCUCUAAUUAGUUUGAAUCAUGUUUUUCAAAUUCAAAACAGCUUUAUUAAUCUAUGAAAGAAUCUUUUGGUAACUGAGAACUGAGAAGUUACAGUCUACAGUCGACUCUCUCUUAACGGACAGCUCUAUAAGACGGACAGCUCUGUAAAACGGACGCUUAGAGUUGUUCCCUGCCUUUCUGUACUCCUUUUAUUUGACUCUCUAUUAGACGGACACCUCUAUAAGACGGACACUUAGUGCCGGUCCCACAGGUGUCCGUCUUAGAGAGAGUUUACUGUACUUCAUACAAUGUACACUGCAGUCAGCAGUGUAGUUUGUCACUGCGUGACCAUUAUUUUGUUCGAGCGAAUCGAACCAAAGGCAAAUUUUUACCGGAUAUUCAUCUCAAAAAACUGUUGUUGCAUGUUUGUGCCACAUGUGUUUGAUUGACAGGUUAUUUUAACAUUAAUUUUUGUAUUUGUUUUCUUGACUUAGAUUUCCAAGAGACAAAAUUUAUGGACUGGAAACCCCACAGGUAAGGACUGUACCUACCUUGAAAAGAGAAUGCCUUUACAUCGACGUUUUUGGAAAUUAAAUUUUGUGUGGUCCUUUGUUAAGUUUACAUCUCAAUGCAUUUUACGAGCAUUAAACUGGAAAAAAAACAAACAAACAAACAAAACAAAAAAACAAAAUCUACAGAGAAACAAGGUUGAGGAUAUCUGGCCGUUCUUUUUUAGCGCUGCCCUCCGUCAUUUAAUUUUCCUAAUGCAACUGCGUACAGUUAAUAUUUAUAGCUCUGACGUUCAGGCAAACCAAUUUAAAUUACCGUUUGCGAAUUCCUUAUCUUUGUUUGUCUUUUGACAUUAAAAUGUAUCACUUGUCUGACUUUAAUCUCUUUAAAGACAAAAGCCAGGUUGCGUUCACACGGCCCCGCACAAGGUUUCGACGACUGAAAAAUCUGACCGGACACUUCGUUCACGCGAGACCGUUCAGUAUGUUGCCCUGUUCACACUGAACUUUGAAAGGGACAGGGGUCUAAAUUUCCGUUUUGUUAGGGUGAACGGAACACCUGAACGCACGAAUUUUCAACCGGUAGAAUUAGACUUCUUUCAGUGCCUUGUGAGCGUAGCCUCACAAACAUUGCAAAUUAGUCACUCUGACGUCAUUUGUGCGCCGUGUUGUUGCUUGCACAUGCCUGAAUUUAUCGCUGUACAAUGUAUUUCUCCAGUCAAACUAGGCUUGAAGUAUUAAUUUACUAUUUUGGUUAAUUCACAGGAUGCCCUGGUGGCGUUGAGGCUCAUGUCUAACCAGCAUCAAAGAAUGAUCCAUUUCCGGGAUGUACGACCCCACAUUUUAGCAGAGAGCGUGACAUAUGAACCAAACAGUACAGUUACAGACAUUCCUAGAGGCACUCUUAAAGUCUGUGGGUUUGUAAGGGGUCAAAACCUUUCUGUGAAUAGACUGGUCCAUUUACCAGGUUAUGGAGACUUUAAAAUGUCACAGGUGAUUAUGGAGUGUGUGAUUUGUUUUAUAUAAAAUCGCCCGGUUGAAUGUUUUCAUCCAAGCUGUUUUCCCGUAGAUAUUAUAGUGUGUCUAGUUUCCUGACGAAUAACUGUAGUGUACCGCUCAUGUACUACUUUUAACGUAACACUUAUGACGUAACCUAACGUAACGCAACUCAACGUAAAUCAACGUAAAGUAACUAAAGGAAAGGGCAGAAAACCUACGAAAACCUGUUGUAGGGCAUAAUUACUUUAGGUAACUCGGGAUAACGUAACAUAAAGUAACCUAACAAAAUAUAAUUAUUAUUCAAGGAAAGGUGACGUGUGACACAACUUACACUGUUAGGUUUUUCCGCAGUUUUUUUUGCUGUAUAUGUUUUGUUCCCUUUUGCUCUGUUUGGUUUUAGACAUGCAGUCGUAACUAUAUUUUUAGCCUUUGCUUAAACCGUUAAGAUUGCCGUGAACGAUUUUUGGACUCGUUAACUGUAGCUACAUUGCCGGCCAGAACUAAGGGAACCAAGGUAUACGCGUAACACGCGGCUGGAGGUCCGACGGUUACUUAAAUCUAAGCUGACGCAGACGCGGGUAAGCGCUGACGUUAACGUGAGUCAGCGUCGCGUCUUCGUGGUUAGUUUAGUUCUGGCCUGCACCGUAUACAGCUAUUGCGAGAAAGGUUGUCGGAGAAAGUGCACGCGACAAUCCCGAAAGGUAUUGUGGGCCGGUUUGAGUUCACUGUUCUUCAAAGAAAUUUGAAAGAAUGGCACGAGAGGUCAUGGACGUAUGUUUGCGAGUGCUAAAGAAAAGCAACAAAAGUAGGUUUGACAGCUAUAGAGUCAGGAACAAUGUAUUGAUCAUAUCCCAUAUUACCUUUCGGGAUUGUCGCGUGCACAUUUGUUUCCGACAACCUUUCUCGAAGUAGCUGUAUGAAAUAUUCAGUCAUUGCUACUGUAUCUAUUUUCUGAUGCAACACAUACAUGUACAUACAUGUCUCAUCUUUCAUUUAGAUUGAUGCUCCAGCCGAUCCUUUCCCUUGGCAGAAGCGAAAAAUCUCUUCAGGCGUUAAGGGCGAAUCCAUGGCCGUGGUAAUGUUGUUAUUCAUUGUUAUUCAUUUCCCCGUGUAAACGAAUUAGUGUAACCAUUUGUUCAUUUACACUUUGUUCAGUUCUUUGGCAACUCUUGAAAUAACGCCUUCCAAAGUUGUUGUUUUUGUUUUUAUCUUUGGUGGUGUCGUUGUCGUUGUUGUUGCUGUUUUUGAUUUUGUUUUUGUUUUUCUUUUUUCCUUGAAGUCUCAUAACUUUAGAAACCCCUGCAAUCCCAUACAUAUCACCGCCUGUGCCCAGAUCAAAAACAAACAGCUGCUAUUGCUGUUUGUUUUCAGCUAGGGAAAUAGAAAAAAGUUCGAGUUAUGGGGAGUUCGAAGCAAAUAACCGGAAAAAAAGGAAACAAGUAAAUAAGAUGGAAAAGGGUUACAAUUACCAUGCACACUUCACUUCAAGCAGCAAGAAAUUUAUUGAUCGAUAUUUUAAAAGGAAUUAAUUAGCAACAAAACAACAACAACCAAAAAAAAAUAAUAAUAACAAUAAUGAUGUAAUAAAUAAAUUCAUGUUUCGUACUGCUGUACGUGUCUUUCUUUCUUUUUUUGGCGACUUUUCACGCGCGCAAAACGUGGUUCAAGUUAUCGAGGGUAAAAUUUUAAUUAUAGAAAUGAUUUUAGCGGUAGAGUUAGCGGUAGGUUCGGGUUAUGGAGGGUUCGAGCUAACAAGAGUAAAGUUAAUGUAAUGUUUGAAGGAAUACCAGGGGAACUCACGUUUCGUUUGCGUUUGCGCGAGGGACGAAGGCGAGGACGAGAUUUUCUUAAUACUAUGUAGCAGAUGCGCUUUAACCAGCGUCAUUUGGCGGGAAAACGAGAUAGUCGUCAUCAUUCAACUGUAGGUGUUAGCGAGAAUGUCGUAGUGGUGGAAACAAGUUAUCGAUUGUUAUAAGUUUUAUCAUUUUGCGAUCAGGGGAGGGGUUAACCUCCUCCAAUUAUGAUGCUCUUUAGGGCGUCCGUCUCGACGUCCCUGUCGUCCUCAUCCUUGAAUCUAAUGUUCUCUGUUAUGCUUAUUAAGGACAGCGAAGAUGGAACCACUGCCAUGGACGAAGACCUAAAGCUGUUAGCGCGAGCUGACCCAGCACAUCAGGAAUCGCUGCAGUCAGAGGUGGAACCUGACCCAAUGGAAGGCGAGCAAACAUGGCCGACUGAUGACGAACUUCGACAGGCAGAAGGUGAGGAAUAAGCCGGACAUGAUAGAUAUGACACAUAUUUUAGAAACGCUGCCGUUCCUGCUCGUUAAGUAAAGAAACAAUAGUCAGUUAAAGAGACCAGCGGAAACCAACUAAAGGGUAAAUACGUGAACACACCAAAAUCUCACCACGUUUAACGUGGAUAACCCUAUCCUCAACUACAAGUAAUAACGAAAACGUCAAACUGAAUAACAACAAAACCUACGAGGUGCGAGUAAAAGUACGACUCAAAACGAGGCUUAGCAAUCGGACUUCAUAAAACAAUCACGAAUGAACGUUCUCAACACCUUCCCCCCAUUUAAGUGUUUAUCAGCUUAAACGUCAGUCAACAUCUUCAACUUCUUAUUCAGCAAUGACUUUGAAGAGCUCAUUGGUAAUCUCUUUGGUCCUCUUGCUUGGCCUCACUCUUGGUACGAACACUUCUGCUCCUGGGCUAGGCUUGUAAUCAGGAUUCUCUCCUCCAAUUUCCGAGUUACAGUCAAGUUGCAGGGGACGUUCGACAAUAACUGCAUUUUCUUGCCUCAGCUUCAAUCCGCGAAUCCCGCCGUCCUUGCCAAUAAUCUUACCCACAACUCGUCCAAGCUUCCACAGUGCUUUUUCCUUCGCUUCACUUUUCAAUAACACCACUGCUCUUGUGUCUGGAAUUUUCAGAUUGUCUGCGGUGGAAUUAGACUUUCGCUCCCCAAUUUCGUGGGCAUACUCUUUUAAAAACCUCCUUCGAAAGUACUCCUUACUUCUUUGUAAGAAUUUCAUCCGCCUUGACACUUUCUCUUCGCCUAUUGUCUCAAGAUCUUCAUCCACGUUUGGGGUUGGUUUCCCUCUUCGUAAAAUAUUUGGGGGUAAGCACCGGUUGCUCAAUUGCCUCUCCCUGAUAAAGUAGUGGUCGAUGGUUCGUACAGUUCUCUAUGUCAAUCAAGAUAUCUUCCAGCUCUGGAUAGGUCAGAAGGCUUUGGCCAACUGCCUUUGAAAGUGCCCUUUUCAUGAUCAUGACCAAUGAGGCGCUUAAAGAAAGCUCCCCACCAAGGAGCUCGGGCUAGGUUUAUUCAGAGCUCCAAUGUAACUUGCAAGAUUGUGAUCCUUCUUGAGGGUAAACAACCAUUUCCCUGUAGCUCAAAUGUUUUUCCAGUUCCGAAUCACCUUCUUCGUCAAUGACCUCAGUUUGGGUACCCAGAAUUUCUCUCGCACGCGGCGCAUGGUUACUGAAACUUCCCCUUGCAACAUUUGCUUGUGUACUUGUAAAGCAACCAGUGAUGUUAGUUCAUUCUCGAGGUAGGAAGGUUGGGUAACACAUCUGAAUAUUCCAUCUUCUUCCUUUUAAAGGUUUACAUCUGAUUUUGGAGCUCGAACAACCUAGGUGAUCUAGAACCUCUCUGCUACUUGCAAUUCUUCUGUUUUCAGUGUUCCUUUCUUUGUCUCUGUUUUCUUGCAGUUGUGAACAAAUCGCUUGACAUAAGCAGUCACUCGUAGAAGGUUCCAGUAUGAUAAGUACUUGUGUAGAAGCUGAUCCACGGUUAGAUUCUUUUCUUCUUCUUACUUGGCGAGCAAUUGAUUCUCAAAUUUAGGAUUUACAGUCUCUACUACUGUCUCGGAGGUCUCACACACUUCAGGUUGCGACAGCCACUUGUCUGGAAUACUUAGCCAGUUUGGCUCUGGGCUCAGCACCUCUGCUUCCUUGAACGCUCGGGUUUCCACUUGUGGGCACAUAUAGAUGCCAUUUCAGGUACCCGUUGACAGUCUUGAAUAGCUUGAGUUCUAUUUCGCACAAACUGAGUCUCUAAGUUCCUUGUCAUUUAGUCCAGUAGAAAACAGUGGUGCUGUUGACUCAGCAAUGAUACUCUUCAACUGGCCGACCUUAUAAUUCUUCGGAGCUUGCAAAGUGUGUGUGCAGCGAUAAGCUCCAAGCGUGCGCUUGAGAGUUGCAGCUUGCAGCUGUCUUUGACUUUGCAACAAGGAGACUUUGACAAACUGGGGCAGCUUUAUGAAACACAAGGGCGUAGAGAGCUGCUAAAACUGCUAAUUUGCUGGCAUCAGAAAAGCCGUGAUAUGCUAUUUUCGUCACAUCUGUGUUCACAACCCUUCGGGGAACUGAUAGCACGGAGCACUCGUGUAAUCCCCUCAGCCACUUAUUCCAGGAUCUCUAAUGUCAUCAGGUACCUGUUCAUUCCACUUCAGUUUGCGUAAGCAAGUUUCACUGUAAAGGAUCUUUCCUGUGGUCACCACUGGUGCAGCAACACCCAGCAAGUCAUACGUGUAUACACCGUUGACAGUUGACAACCUUUUCCUCUUUGUCAAUGGGCCCACCGCAACUGCCUGUAACGGUUUCAUGAAGCCAACGGAAAGUUACCUUCUGUUUUGUUCCAAGGAACUCCCAGUAGUUUUGUGUCCUUAGGACGUUUUCCUAUCUCUAGCUUGGCAUAAGUCGUACUUGGUUGAGAGGACACUGCAUCAUCUUCAGUUCUCUGACAUUCUUCUAUCUCUGGUAGGUUACUGUACCAUUUGUGGAGAUGAAAACCACCUCCCACUAUAAUCUUUGUGGACUCUUCUUUAAACUUAAUCAACUUAUCGCUGUCAUUCUCCGCCUGACUGGAGAUCAUCCACAUAAGUGUUGCUCAGCAACUCAUCAGUCGUAUCAGGAAACUUUUCAGUAUACUGGCUCACAUGUUUCUUGAGUGUCACGCCGAGAAUGUAAGGACUAGGUCCUGACCUGAAAAUCACUCUGGUGUAUCGAUACUCAGUAACUGUCCUUGAGUCAAGGUUCUCGUACGAUAACAGACGAAGGGCAUCUCCAUCCCUUGGGCCCUUUUUAAUGUGAAGAAAAGCCUUUUGGUCCGAAGUCCACGGUAAUACACAGCAACCACAAACGAUUUCGUUGAAGAAUGUCAAAGAUCACAGGAUGCAGAGGGGGUCCAACUUCCAAACAUUCAUUCAAAGACGGUUCUUGUGAAUUGGCCUAAGGUAAGCAAUCACGCACUAUCCUCAUCUCUGUAGACUCUGCCUGGUCCCUGAUUAUUGGUUGGUGGGGAAUGUAAUGUAUAGCUUCUCCAGUGGGUAUUUCUGGCACCAGCUAUAUGAUCCCUUCGUUUAACUGCUGGUCCAUAACAGUGUGAUACUCCUCAAAUCUCUGCAUCCUCUCCAGCUUUCGCGUGACUCUUCUUAAUCCCCCGACUGUCAGUUCCUUGUUUCCAAGGCAAGCUUGUGCAGUAGGUACAUGUAUCUUCCUCCAAGCGCUGUAGCUGAUCGAUGAAAUCUUCAUGGAAGGAAUCAUGUACAUUCUCAAAAUCUUUCAGGCCAAGCACCUCUUGACAACACAUCUGUGCAAAUGCAUUUUGACUAGAGUUCAUAAAGAACAUAUUUUCUUCCUCCGCACACGAAGGGGUAAACUUUCCAGCAGUGACCCAUCCCAACAUGGUGAACUCUGCUCCGGGAACGGUGUCAAGGUUAAGACCUAGAACUGGGGGUUCAGUUGACUUGAUUCAUUGAAUAUCAGGUGCUCCAAGGAUUAUGCAUACCGGUAACUUCUCAACAGUUGCUUGCUUCACACUAAAUACCAGCCUCCUAAUGCGAUGAUUCUGUUACUUCGGUUCAGAGAUUUUGGGGUUAGGAAGGUAGGUUGAUUAAAACAGGCUUCUCAGCAUUGACACAUUGCAACUCUAUUCCAAAACUAUUAAUGACAUUUGAUUCAACAUGGACAUUGUAUGUCUCAACUCGUCUGUCCACUGUCCCAUACAUUCGUUCAGUCACUCUGCUUUCAGAUCGGCACAGCUUAAUGUUGAGUUUGUUUAACAGAUUUGCACUGAUGUAUGAGCUACCUGCCCCACUAUCAAGGAUGAUGCGUGUCCAGGGGGUUCAUUAAGGGCCGGGCACCGGGCAAAUUGACCGGCUGUGAACACGACUCUGCCCGGCUGCUUUACAUCUCAAAGAACUUCUUUUUAAUACAAGGAACGAUCAAAAACAGUUUUAAGUUACAAUCGUGCCCAUUUCUUGAUGAGUCUUAUCGAGUGUAAAACAUACUUGAAAUUUUAAAGAUAAGUUGAUUACGGCUCAGAUGCUGACGGUGAGUUUGAGUAAAGAUUAUUAUGAGCAGAGCUAUUAAAAGAGAACCAAAAAGUCCAAUUUGUGUGGUGGGUAUUGGUAUCAAAUCAAGAUUAAAUUGUCUAGAAAAGUUAUCUUUUUUUGGUUGUUGAAAGUCGUUGUCUGCAGCUUCAAAAUGCAGGAAAACACAUCCUUACGACUAUAGAAUUUCAAAAUUUUCCGGGGGAGCAUCCCCCCGGACCCCCCUAGAGGAGGGCCUUGCCAAUUCUUUGCCCGGGUGUCAAACUCAGUUGCCGUCCUGUUCAAAACCUUAAUGAACCCCCUGACCGUGUCUGCAGACCAUUUGCUUUAGCCAGCACUGAAGAGUGCAGGGUCGUUUGUAAAUCAUUUGCACCAUAGAGCCUGUCUGACGGAGGCUUAGUAUUAGCAUUAGACUUGGGUGGAUGGGUGGAAGUUGUUGUACUGUUUCUUUCGCAAAUAGACGUAUGGUGUCUGCCAUUAUAACUUCCACAUCCUCGAAACUCCCUUCUGCUGGUAACAUCAGGUAUCUUGGAACAUUCUGAACUUCUGUGGUGGUGAGAGUUACAGUAUGCACAGGGCGCACAAGGUAGAGGCAACCUGGGCAGACAGGUUUUUGAUAAACCAAUCUUCGUCUUUCUUAUGUAAUUUUUGUUUCUCUAAAUCGCUUAACGCCUCCUUCAGUUUAUCACUCUUAGGUUUCGCACAGGAAUAAAAUAUUGUUUAUGGGUGUCUGACCACUUUCUUAACUCAUCAAAACUAGUGUCAGCAUCCAAGAUUUGGUCUUUAACACGGUUCGCAGAAUCCUCGAGUGCUUUGUUUAUGUCACAUAUUAUUCUCUCGUAUGCCAAGUGUAAAUCCUCUGUCAUUCUCAAGUUUAGUUUUUCCUCAAUUUCUUUGACGUAGUAGGUUGCCUUUUUCAAUGCCUUUUGGUAAUUUUCUUCCGUAAGAUACACCAUGUUUCACAGUUAAUAAGCUUAAUCUCCCAUUUAAUGUCAGUGUUCGUCAAUGCACUUCUUCUUCAAGUCUAGUCCUUGCAGGGUCGCCAUUUUUGGUGUGGAAAAUACGAGAACACAACAAAUAGUUCCGAAAUCUCACCACUUUUAAUAUGGAUAAUCCUAUCCUAAAGUACAAUUGAUAACGGAAACGUCAAACCGAACAACAACGACCUGCUCCCAGUUGGCUUGUUAGCUGGUAGAGCGCUGCCCCGGUAUCGCAGAGGUCAAGGGUUCGAAUCCCGUACAAGCCUGAAUUUGUUCAGGCUUUCUUUUCGCAACUGCAAAAGUGGCGUCUAUUCUGUGUUGUCACUCACGUGGCUAGCAUCUAUGAAAAUUUAUUGGAACAAAGGAAAGCUUGUACGUAAGAAAAGAGUUCAACUCCCACAGGACGGUUGGGACACAAACAUGGCCGUCGUUUCAUUGUUUUGGGACACAAAUAUGGUCGCCAUGACGUCAUGUGAAAACACACAAUAACUGCGAUGAGCUUCUUUCAUACAACACUUCAUAUAACAGUCACGAAUGAACGUUCUCGAAAGUGUGGACGUGGUGGACCCGGAAGUGUGUGCGUUUUUUUUUUUUUUUGGCGUGUAAAUCCGCCAUAUUGCAGGCAUUUUACAUGUGCGCGCGUGUAAGUGCUGCAAUUCCCGUGGGUUGUUCUGACAUGUAGUUUCUAAAGAAAAUGUGAGUGUGCACAGGAACUCAUCACCCCUGACGGUCAUUACAAUGAAAUGGUUAUGAAGCUCGUCAGACUCCUCUAACCGUGAUUACAAGUAUCCAACAGAUUCCACAGGUGAUUUACAGGAUUGCUCGGUGAAAGUUACAAAAUGUACCUUUUUGGUGAAAAACUUGAUUCUUAUCUAUAAUUACCCAAAACAGAUGCUCUUGUAGAGAAAAAAGUUUUGAAGAGGGUGCCAAAGGGGACAUCAGAAUACCAGGCUGCGUGGAUAACAAAUAGUGAUGAUGAAGAAGGUGCUAAUCAUGAUGGUGAUGAAAAUGAAGAUGAGGAGUUUUACGAAGAAAUGGCGGAAGCCAGUGAUAGCGAUAAUUCCAUGGUAAGGAUCGCGUGUAUUUUCUCGUAGUACAGAUGUAACGGUACUAAUACUACAUGUACUAGUCAGGACACUUGCCUUUUUUCCACUAUAUCCACUAUAUAUCAUUGUAAUUGUUUGUUUCUUCCUUUCAUUUGUAUUUUUACUGUGUACUUUUUUUUUAUUUAUUUAUUUAUUUUUUUUGCAGAACGAUGACGAUGAGCAAUAUGAAACUGUAAGUUAAAUUUAGUACUUAGAUGUUUUCUACGUAACUUUGUAACAUUCGUGUGGUCCUGCGGUCCAGUGGCCCUGUUUGCACCACCCCUUGUCUAGUCAAAAAAGCUCAUUUAACUUCCUUUUUUUCCAGGUUCCUAAAAUUUCUUUUCCUCCUCUUUCUUCUUGAAAGUCCCAGGGUCUGUUGCGAAAAUCUUAACGUCACGUUUAACUGCUGACACGUGGGUACUUGUCAUAGUGCACAACGACCCCGGUGAAAAUCGUGUGCAUAAACGUAAAACUGUAAAAUUUGACGGGGUGGGAGAACGAUCCGCUACCAAGUAUUUCCAAAUAAGCUAAACUUAGUCAAAAAAGUAUGAAAAAUUGCUUCGUCUCAAAACACAGCCCGUAUUCUCUAAAGCUUUCCAAACAGAAUAGCGCGAGCCAUUUGAUUUUCCUACUGGAAUUUCCGGUUUUUCUGGCCAUGUAAAGGGUAAGUACCCUUGGCCUCUUGUAAUUACUUGGCUACCUUUACGUUUUAUGUUCUAGCUUUUAAUGGUGUUGACUGGUGUUAGUUAGCUAGACAAUCUGCGCUGUGUAAGCGGCUCGGAGCCGCAGGAUUGAGUUUGAGGCAGUACACAGAGCAUAUCGUCCAGUCUAGUGUACCGUAUUCCAGGCUCUGAGAAAGUUGGGUCCGCGAAAUUGUGAAAGCACGAACACGAAAAUAAAACGGGAGGAAACCUUUUUCCCAUCACCGCCCCCUUUUCACGAGCCUUUUACUUAUGAGUCAUCGUCACAAACUGGAAGCCUGGAACAGGUGCUUUAACUCCAAAACUUUUAGUUAGUAUUAUUUUUUUGAGGUGCAAAUUAAUCGAACAAUAUUAUUUGUAACAUAUUUACCUUAUAAUAUGUUUGAAUGACAAGUGAAUCGUGUCAUUAUAUUAUUAAUCCUGUAGGUGAGCAUAGCGGCUACCGAGACAGAUGACAGUAAAUAUGAUGAAAGCAUCGAUGUAGACGAGGAUCGAGACCAGUGAGUGUUUUACCUUGUCAAUGUUGAAAGCGUCUUUCUUAGUGAUCUCUAAUUCUUUGUCUAAUUUGUAGGUUAGAAAAAAUUCGUGCAGAGAGAGAGAAUGAAAUGUUUCCGGAUGAAAUAGAUACACCUAUGGACCAAAGUGCAAGAGUUCGAUUUCAGAGGUAGGUACAAAAUUAGAAAGUUAAUCAAAAGCAGACGGGUAGGUGACGGUAAGAUUUUUCCUUAAACGUAACACUGUAAUCCUUUUCAAUAACUUUUGUUUCUGUUAGAGGUGUUGCCGGUUAUCUAUGGGUUUUUUUUUUUUCAAUUAUUUAUUCAUUUAUUUAUUCACCAUGAAACCUGGCGGAUACCCAUGGUGGUACCCGCGUUUACUUUUGCUGGUGUCCGCUAAAUUCGGGUUUGUUUGUCUAAAAAUAUGCGACGCAACGUUUGAAACGUACUGAGCUAUUCGUCCGCACUGAUAUUGGAUAUCCGCUUAAUACAGUCAACUCUGUCAUAGCGACCCCUUCUCGUAAGCGAUCACUUCUCGUAAGCGACCACUUAGUAAAUAACUGUUCUCUUUCUCACUCUAAUACUUUUUCAAGAACACUCUCGUAAGCGACCACUUCUCAGAUUUCUUACACGCGACCACUUUCAAGACCAGGAAUGUUCUGGUAAGCGAACACCCGACAGGAUCACGUAUUGUAAGAAAACUAUUUCUCGAAUGUCACAAAAAAGAAAACAUUUUUUUUAAUAGUGCUGACCCAAAGUGCUGAAAAAUACAUCGUAAUAACAGUCGAGGUUGCGAAGAGUUCUCCUUUGCAGUCACGUAAGUGUCCGAUAUUCUUGUUGACUGUAGGAUCAAAACACAACAGUAAUGGAGUUGGAGUAUUCAGCUGAAAUAAAGUAUUCAUUAAUUUAUGUAGUUAUCAAGUUAAACUCCUUUGUUUUUGGUAGGUAUCGUGGACUGAAGAGUUUCCGUACGUCCCCAUGGGAUCCAAAAGAGAACCUUCCAUCAGAAUACGCGAGGUACAUUCAUUUGCAAGUCACUGUAGUUAUAGCUAAUCCCGGCUCCUCACGCUGAGCUUUGCAGCUUAUAUUAAAAGGCUGGUUGAGAGACCACAGUGAUAGUUGCAAGGGAAAAUGUCGAUCACUGCCGUACACGUCAUUUCUAGUUUAAGGCUGCUGGCGUCCAAAUGGCCAUGGGCGUUUUCGAUUGGAAAAUUUUGAUUUACUUUCUGAAAUUCUGAUUUCGGAUUUUGCAAUAAAAUCCGAAAAUGGAUUUCAACUUCGAACAAUUCAUCCUCAAGGCGGAUUUCAAUUAAGAAAAAUCCAAAUUCGGAUUUCAUGGAUUUCCUUUACUGCUUCAUUUGGAAAUCCGAUAAAGGAUUUGUAAUUUUUUUGUAUUUGUUUUCUCUACAAAUAAUGUAUGCUCGUGCAAAAUUGCUGUUCUUGAGAGCAGUUUUUAAAGCCAGUUUUCGAAAGAAGAAAGGUAAAAGGAAAUACAAAGACAGGUUUCUCAGUGUAAGAACAUUUUUGGAUUUCGUAUGUUGUUGCAAAUUCAAAAUCUAAAUCCAGAUUUUCCAAUCAAACACACCACAUGUUUCUACUGUAAGAAAAAUCAGCCCAUCCUCGGAUCAGGGGCGGUCUUUCAGGUCGGGAAAAAAUGGCGGCGAAAGCAAGGAUGAAGUCAACAUUGCUUUGGUUUUCAAACUAUAUAUUCUUAAUUUUCUCAUGGGUGUUUCUUAUUGUGUUUCUAAUUUUGUCCUUUUCUCCUGUUCAGCAUAUAUUUUAACAUCUAUGUUGCUAUGUUGCUUAUUGAUGAGUUUCAUCUGCAUAUUUGUAGGAUUUUUCAGUUUCAAAAUUUUAAAAGAACAAAGAAGCGUGUCUUGGAAGAGGACGAGGUGGAUGGAGCAUUGGUAAGAUAACUUCACCACGUCGAUUGUUAAUUACAAAAGGAAAGUUUCGUAUUCCCCGACGGCCUCUUGGACGACAGACUUCUUAGCAUGAUUGCGAGGCUAAUCCGGGCCAACGUCUUGGCGAAACAAAAACUGACAAAGUAUAUUGGGUCUGAGUGGCUGGAAAAUCCAGCCACUCAGACCCAAUUUAUUUUGUUAGUUUUUGUUUGUGGAAUAGAUAUUCCUUUAAAUUACGGCUAAAGUUUAAGCUUUGAAAUUCUAUUAUUUCAAGACUUCUGAAGUCUUGAGUGGCUGGAAAAUCCAGCCACUCAGACCCAAUUUAUUUUGUCAGGUUUUGUUUGUGGAAUAGAUAUUCCUUUAAAUUACGGGUAAAGUUUAAGCUUUAAAAUUCUAUUAUUUCAAGACUUCUGAAGUCUUGAAAUAAUAGAAUUUCAAAGCUUAAACUUUACCCGUAAUUUAAAGGAAUAUCUAUUUCAAACGACAAAACUAAGGGAACGUCAUUUAAGUCAUAUUUUUUAUUCGAGGAAUUCAAAUUGAUUGAUUUUGGAAACUGGCUUUUAGAAGUGCAUUCAUAUGGUGAUGCACGUUUCCAAACCGCAUACCAUACACUUCACACACCCUUUAUUUUUAAUUGCUUUUUUUAAUUUUCUAAUUGUUUUGUUUUUUGUUUCUUAUGUGUUUGUACAUGUACAUAUAGCCAGGGUGGUAUGUUUGCAUCCACAUUGUGAACGUUCCAAGUGCAUUUAUGGGUAAGAACCACGUGAUUUCUUCCAAAUAUGAUGUUAAUACUUUUUUUUUUUUCUGUUGAUAAAUAACCACUUGUUCAUCAAUAAUAACAAUAUAAAAAAUAAAUAAAUAAAUAAACAAAUAAAGAGUUGUUCAUCGCAGUUUUAGGAACUGAACGUAACCUAAAAUGUUCAUGUCUCACUUAUUCUAAUUUCCUGCUCUGUUUUCAGAAUCUCACGACCCCAGCUCCCCGCUUGUAAUAUUUGGUUUGCUUCCACACGAGCAAAAGGUAAAUAACCCAGAGAGAAAACAAACUUACAAAAAAUCGUAGGUUUGCACUCACCGGGCGCCUUCACCCCUUCGAUCAUAUCGGUCUUGUGAUCUAUUUUUUAUUUUUCUAUGACUUGUUUUACCGAUAAGGCCUUUCUGUGCCCACAAUAAUAAGUUCACGCUUUUUGGGAUGUCCCUCAUAAAUAGGUCUGGCGAAGCUGAUAAAAAAAAAAUAUAAACAGCUGUUUGCGUGAAAGAUACACACAGUACCCCUUUCGCGUAUCGCAUAUCCUUUCCUGUCUAAAAGAAACUUACCUUGCCCACACCGUCCCCAAGUUGUUUCUUGCUUGGUCUGAAGCCACAGUCAGUGUAGCACGUUUGAAUGGGUUCGUGCGGGUCAUGGAGAACCUGGAAAGUCAUGAAAUUUAAGAACUUCAUUUUCCAGGCCUGGAAAAGUCAUCGAAUCUAAUAAUCGAUCUUGGAACAUUUAUGUCCGUGACUGAACGUAUCCGCAUAAAUUUGCUAGCAAAUGAUUCUCGAAAUUUUAGCAAACAAAGAUUUAAAGCAAACUGCUAUCAGAAAUGUAUAAAAGAAAUAGCAAAUAUAGCUAGAGUAACAAAUUUAACAAGGACUGCAAGCUGUAGCAGAAAUUUGGUAGCAAAUAUUUGUCGCAAUUUUCGCGCUUGUUUCCGCUUCGCGCUGCUUGGCGGAAAUCUGACAGCUCAGUCGAAGGGGAGCCAUAGGGGAAUUGUAGGUGGAAUUCACUAUAUUUGUAAGUGAGUGUCUCACAAAAUCUUCUUGUGCAUCAUUUUUUGUUGAAAUUGCGAAAAAAACAAAGCUAGCAAAGUUUUGCUAGUGCUUUCAAUCUUAGGCAUAUCUCUCGUGGAAAGCCAUGGAAAAUUACAAAGCUAAUUUUUGUCACAUUAGUUACUGCAAAUAUGAAAGUACGGACAAAGUAAGAUAGAGACCAGUGAUCACGCAUUUUGGUGAACACCAGAGUUUUUGUGAUUAACUGAGUUUAAAAAAAUACCCUGAAAAAUUAAAAGGAAACUUUUGAAAAGAAUCGAACGUGGUAGCUAAACCUAAGUCAUGGAAACUUGGAAAAGUCAAAAAGGUUAUGGCAAGUCGUGGAAUUUUGACGAACCCCUGUUGUUGUUGUUGUUUUUUUUUUUUUGCAAUACCAAUCUACUAUUUUGACCCUCAAUUAACUAUGUGGUUGACUUGUUUAAAUCUCACAGAUGUCAGUUGUACAUUUUGUAAUAAAGAGGUAUCCCGCAUUCAAGGAACCCAUCAAGUCCAAGGUGCCGUACUUGUAAUGAAUACUUUUAACUUGUCUGCAGAAUCUAGGGAAUGUUUCGCAUGUUCCUCCGGAAUAUUCAGUUUAUAAAGCACCAGUCUCUCUUUUUUUUCCCUCCGUUCUCUUCGAUGAGAAAUAAUCUUGGCAUUUCGUAUGAGUAGACUAUAUAAUAACCAGAAAGAGACGGCGACUGCGUGAAUUAGUCGCCGGUGCAGUUGCAUUAUACAAUCAGGAGCCGUUGUGUUCAAGUCUCGUUCUGUGCAAUAGUUGGAACAUUUUUUUUUUCUACUUGGUAGUUCCGAGUUCUACUCCUCCACCAUGUUUGUAAAAGGCCAACGGGCUGCCGGCUUCACACAUGACUGUAGCCGUGUUAUGUUUAAAUUACAGUCAUACUUGGUGGUCGCCUAUUAGAGAUGUUCGCGCCAUUGAGACAAGAAUUACAGAAUCCCUUUAGUGAAGAGGUCUGAACACAUGACUUGAUUUGAAAAUAAUUUAUUAAAUACGUGUUCUACAGGUUCUCACUAAAAUUUCUUCGCAUACCUUCAUUGAUUUUUGUUACCUCUGCGUCCCGCGUCCUUGACGCAUAAAAAUCCAAAUCGACGCAAACUAAUUCAUAACAUGCAUCCCGUAGAACGCAAAGAUCGAUCUGAACAUGUGUAUUUGUUCGUGUAUAUUAUGUAACAGUUAUUAUGGCUGUCGUUUACGUUGAGUAGUGUAGUACAUACCACGUGCACGAACAUAGACAUCAGACCAUGUGUCUAGUGCUCGCUUACAAAAGAACCGGCCAACUAUAGAGCUUAGGAAAAAAAUGGGUGUCUGGAGGGAAGCUUCCACAUAGAGGUUCCACUGUUUUUUUUUUUUUUUCCUCCAGUCAGUUGAUCGCCCUUUUCAACCUUUUUGCUAGAAAUACUGUCGAGGGUAAAUAAAUGAAUUUUAUUUUCAUUUAUUGUGAUCUCGUUUGAUAUAUUAUUUUGGCACUAUUGUGCGCAUUAAAAACUCACCUUACCACAUUUGUAACAGACCCCAAACAUUAGUGGUUCUAGCGCGUUUGUCUAUGUUAAUGUGCGACAAUUGUAGUUCAAUUUUAUUCUUGGCUACGUAACACUGAGCGACAUCACAUAUCGCUUCUCUCCCCAGGAACGACUGAUUUUCCACUGCGGCUAUCGCCGGUUUACAGCAUGUCCUAUAUUCUCUCAGCACACAUCGGGGGACAAACAAAAGGUGAUUGCUAUUAUUAUAAGUUGGGCUUCGUGUGGAUUUCACGAGUCGAAAUAUUAUUAGCAUUUGUGCUGCUUCUGUUUCAUGUAGUUCCUGCUUACAAGUUUAAAACCUUGGAGACAGGCUGAGGUGCUAAAACUGCUAUUGAUUAGGUCCUCGCUUUUAAUUCUCUGGCUGUUUCUUUCACAGUUGGAGCGUUUUAUGCCCCAGGAAGGUUCAUUCGUUGCCACAGUGUACGCACCAAUCAUGUUCCCUCCUGCGCCUGUCUUGGUAUUCACACAGGAUAAACACACAAGUAAGUGCCUUAAUGUAAUUUAGGCACGGUAAGAUUUUUGUAGGUCAGCGAAAAAAUCCUGAGUUCGGUGGCGCUUUGUGCGGUGGUCUUCAACUACGCACUUGUGGUAAAUUCAGCUGUCAAGUACCGCAGUAUUGUUGGGUGACAACUGAGAAGACGAAUUAAGAGGCAUAUUUCGAUAGAAACAUUUGCUGUUUUCACACUAGAUACGGACUAUCCGUCUAAUCCACCUACAAAAUUCAUCAAAAUUGACGGAAAAACAGAUGGAUAAAGUCAGGCGGAUUGUCCAUCCAAAAUUGAUACCUUUCCAUUUUCAAAUUUGGUUUCGUCUGGCGUGAAUUAUGCAACGAAUAACCCGUCUCAGACAGGUAGUCCGUCUCUAGUGUGAAUAGGGCCAUGUUAUUUUUCAUCGGUGAGGUAUCUGGUAUAUCGGAAUGAUUUUUUUUUAUUAAUUUUUUAUUUAUUUAUUUUUUGGGGGAUUUAUACCUAUUCUGACACGACCUUUCAAAACGAGAGAUGCUAUUCGCUUGGUAUGUUUUCUAUUUUUAUUAUGUAUAUAUUUUUUGUUUUUCCAGGAGCGAAAUAGACGUUUGCAUACUGUUUUUGUACUUGCUUUUGUUCUUGCUAUUAACCACAGGUAUCUUCAUAUAGGUUGUCACACCCUGGUUGCUACAGGUUCUCUGUACAAGGUUGAUCCGGAUAGAAUUGUAGCAAAGAAAAUCGUACUUAGCGGUCAUCCUUUCAAGAUCAACAAACGAUCAGUUGUUUUACGUUACAUGUUUUUCAACAGAGGUGAGCACGCUUUGUUUAAAUUCAAUUUGUUUGUUUAUAUAUUUAUUAUUAUUAUUGUCAUAUUAUUAUUAUUAUUAUUAUUGUUAUUAUUAUUAUUAUUAUCGUUGUUAUUAUCUUAUUUGGUUAUUUAUCAUUUAUUUAUUCAGUUUAAUGUAUUUAAUUUAUUGUUGUUUUCUUAAAUAACAAAAGACAAUUUAAGUAAGGAAAAAAUUCUGUGAAUGUAUUUCCUUUGCAAAUUCAAUGUGAAAUGUCCGAAAUGGAGCUUUUUUUUUAUGUCGAAAAUAAAAAUGGGUAUGUACGUAGUCCCAGCGGUUUUGUGGUUGUAAGCAUAACAAUUUCAAAGCGUUGGGCUUUACGGAAAAUCUGUGGAUUGAGAAUUACAUUCUCACUUUAAACAGGGAUCCUACAGGUCAUGGAAAACCUGGAAAGUCAUGGAAUGGAAGAAUUUCAUUUUCUAGGCCUGGAAAGUCUUGGAAUUUUAUUUUCAGUCAUUGAAAGUCAUGGAAAUUUAAUUUUUUGUUUGCUACGUUAGUUACUGCAAAUGACAAAGCAAGGACAAUGUAGGAUAAGGUGGAGUAAUUGAACAGAGCGAACGGCACGUAUUUUGGUGGACACCAGAGUUUGUGUCUGUUGAACUAUUUAAGGUCAAAAAAUACCUUGAAACAAGGAAAGUUUUGAACGUUUUUGAAAGCGACAGCUAAGCUCAAGUUCAUGGAAAAGGUGAAAAGGUCACGGAAAAAUUCAUGGAAAGUCAUGGAUUUUGAAAAGCUCAAAAGAGCGCGAACCCUGUUAAAGCAUUCUCACUUUAACGUUAGAAAAAUUGGGAAGAGAAAGAAGACUCUGCUCGCGGCCUGCACAAUUCCUUUUGAGCAUGCUCCAAAUUCAAAUGUAACCGAGCCUCGGCCUUGCUUUCAAAUCGAGUGCUUUUUUAAUGAGUAGGAAGCGAGACAAACGUAUGGCUGCCACACAGAAAAUUUUAUAGAGACCUUUAACUUUUGUGAUAGCAAAUUUCACGGCUUUUUCAAAGGCUUUGUACGAAUCAAACCGAAGCGGCUGCCAUGUUUGUCGAUCGAUUGUCGAUCAAUUGACAAAUUCGUAGACUUGAAAAAAGCGGAAAAAGUUAUAUUUCUUUUUAACAAAAUUGAUCCAUUUGUUUGUAAAAAACUUGGCUACAAUGUCUAUGAAACAUUUCAACUAAGAGAAUUUUAUUCCAUUAAACAAAAGCAUGGGAAAUAGAGAUUUCUAAUUAAAACUUUUAAAUAACACUAUCUGUUUAUUUGAAUAUUUUAAUUAUUAUUAAAACUAUAUUGUAAUAGUUUAAAAGUAAUACCAUUUCUUUAUAUGGGAAUGCUAAUAAAAAUUAAAAAAACAAAAACAAACAAAAACAAACAAAAAAAAACCUUUAAUGGUAUGUUGUUAUGAUUGUAAACAAUAUGCUGUGGGUGCGGAAAAAGCCAGCGAUUCUAACGUUUGAGCAUGCCCCCCGGGGGAAAACCGGUUUGACCAGUUCGAAACUGGACUGACUCAUCCAGUUUUUUGGAUGACUGGCGGAUAAAAGAAAGUGCAGGCCGUGAGCAGAGUCUCCCUCCCUUCCCGAUUUUUCUCGGAAGAUCGAAGGAGUCUCUGGUCGUAGGGUAAACUGAGGCAAACGAGUGUCCUUUUUUGGGUAUCAGUUAACUUGUAAUGGAGUAACAAUUACAUUUUAUUUGUUUUGUUUGUGUCGCGUUUAUUUAGAGGAUAUUCAGUGGUUCAAGCCCGUAGAACUGUUCACCAAGUACGGAAGGAGGGGUCACAUCAAGGAACCUUUGGGUGAGCAACCAACACGCGCUUAGUUAAAAAGUUGUUUGAACUAAUUAUGCGUUACCAAAAACAAUGACCCUACAUGGGUAUGUAAUCGCUUCGUCGGCACGCGAGCCCUUUUCAUCUCAUGCCUUGGUCUGGUCCCCAGUUUUGCAGGUGUUUCAAUGAAUAUUAAAGUAGCCAAACAAAGCCCCAGUUGUUCAAAAGCUGGAUAGCACUAUCCACGGGAUAAAUCUUUUUUUUCUGGCGGAUAGCACAAUUGGUUUCCCUAAUACUUAUCCACUGGAUAUUGAUUUAUGCGGUGCAUAGCGCUAUCCAGCUUUUCAACAACUGGGGCCUGGUUUGAAUAGAGAAUACCUGACUGUAUCAACAAGGGGUUUUCUAGUCUCCUUUCUCUUGGUGGGUCUGGGUGAGUACGCCCCUUAUUUUGAAAUUUCAAUGCCCUAAAAUGCGAUUUCCAGCAUUCUGGGCACUAAAUAGACCUUUCCCGCAUUACGCUCCAGUAAGCGAACAUAAAGAAAUGAGGUCGAAGCUGGGGUGGACAAGUUUAUUUAGUAUAUACUAAAACAGUGGAUAGUGUUUUUCGCGCGCUCUGAUUGGCUACUCAAUCAGUGAAUAUCCUGCACUAUUCACUGAUUCACCUCCAGUUCCUCCGAGCGAGCGACGCCAAACUCGCGUACAACAGCAAAAAUAAACGGUUUUGCCGUGACAAGCCAAAAAGUUCACAACUAAUCAAAUCGUACUUUUGAAUGGUUUCCUCUCUGAUUUCCGAAAUACAUGUGUAUAUACUAAAGGUGACUCGGUGAAUAGGUUUGGAAUUUUUAACAGGUAAAAGCCACUAUUCGUCGAUUUUUUGUUAACUAUUUGAAUAGUUAUCGAGCGAGCGAAAACCGGUGAGCAAAAUGCUUUCCCGGUUUUUUUGUUUACAAAUGCAAAUUCCGAAAUACAUGAAGAAGUCUUUCGUUUUAGUUUUUAUUUCUUUUGACUUGAAUAGUUAUCGAUAAAACCGGUUGUUUUUGUUCAAAUGCAAAAAUCAAGUCUUGCGUUAAAACUAAAAAUUUAAUAAAAUAAUAAUUUUUAACAGAAUUAUUUAAAUACAAACAGAAUUCACAACCCCUUUUGAAGAAACUUCCCCGCAAGAGCUAAACAAACGCCUUCAAAAGUUAUAUUUGUCGCUAAGAAAAAACGACGACCGCGGCCGUUCGGUCAUCGCGCAUAAAAAUUGUAAUCGUUGGCAACAGUAAAUGAGUUAAAAAUCACCAUUUUGUGCUCAAUUAUCUCACUGUUUUAGUAUAUACUAAAACAAUUAUUCACCGAAGUGGAGGUGGCUAGUAUUGGAUAUUUACCUCGCCGCUUCGCGGCCUCGGUAAAUUUCCAAUACUAGCCACCUCCACUUCGGUGAAUAAUUGUUAUAUAAAUCACUGUAUUUUGUCCGCCCAAGCCUCGAUUUGUUGGAAAGGUCUAUUGAGAAGAUAAGUAAACGUAAUUCCCAUCAGAGUGGACACAAAAUGCGCAGGAAAACUCAGUCUUUUCGUGAAUACAAACUUAAAGCUAAAACUAUGUUUUAAGUCCAGCAAAUUAAAUUUUAAAUUAAGUUUUGAUGGAAUAUUCAUUAAUUUGUUACGUCAUUCUUAGCUUCCAAUUUUAAAAAGUAGCUGACUUCUCUGAACAAAGUGCCGGCGUAUUUUGUCGGUCGUCGGUGCUUAUUGAAACCCCUACGUUUGGUAACAGCUUCUUGUAUACUGAAUACCGGUAAACGUCAUGACUUCUAUUAUAUCGACUCAGUAACUUAUCUUACAUGCCUUGCAUGCCUUUUCCCACGGUCGGUGUUGACAUGUUCGCCUUCUUUAAGUUUUGAUUGGCUUGCUGCAUUGCCUACUUCAGUUACCAUUUGUUCAACGGGUUAACUGAUUCAUGCUUUACACUAUUUGUAGGAACGCAUGGUCACAUGAAAUGCGUCUUUGACGGGGUCAUUAAAGCUCAAGACACGGUUUGCAUGAACUUAUAUAAAAGAAUAUUUCCUAAAUGGACAUACGAGCCAACUAUACUGCAACCUCCAGCGGAAUCUCCUGAAGAAGACAGUAUGGAAAUAUAAGACAACCUGCCCUUGUCUUAUUGAUUAAUUUAUUGGGAGAGAACGGAUAUCUAAAACGGGGGUGUCUGUGAAAAUGCCUUGCCGACUCGCGGUCCGUUAUUCUUCUAUUUGAUUUUCAUCGAUUGACUACCUCGGGAGAAGAAGACCAUUAAGUUCUAGCUUUUGUAGUAAUCACAAACAUCGUCAUUUUUUAAGCCUGUUGGACUAUUUCACAAUCAGUGCUUAUUGUGAUCGUGUAGGCACUUUGACUUUGUUAACGUGACGCCAUGGUUUGGCCGUUUUAAGUAAUGCAUUUCGAGAUCUGGCAGAACUAUUCGUUGAUAGUCAGUGCUUUCGAACUAAAUAUCGCGCUGUCAAAAAAAUAAUAAAUGAAUAAAAAUAAUUAUAAUAAAUAACAGAAUAAUAAACGAAUAAACUUCCUCUUUUGCUUCACUACUAAUAUUGCUAUUUGUUAACCAUCUUAGGUCCGGAUAAAUUAACGUCAAAGUGCAGACAGUUCCCCUUGUUUACUCUUAAAUGACAUUAACUUUUUUCACCCCUGUGCUGUUGUACCUUGGUCGAGGUUAUAUAACGCAGUAACGUUUUAUUGCCAAUUUUUCUCACACCCAGAAUUUUUGUGAUCAUCUGGAUAAUUAGAAAACUGCCUAAUAAA